GUGCAUUUUAUGGGCGUAGUGGGUGCAUUAAUGCUAAUCGUGGCCUUGACCCACCCAACCCCUGGUACUUUUAGCCUGAGACCUGAACAUUUUAACUGGUUCAGAGGCAUUUAGCAGUAAACUCUGUAGUUUUCUCACAUUAGCAGCUGCCUGGAAUGGGGCCUUCCAUCCCUUCUGGAACAUAGGCUAGAACUGGACUUGUGUUCCCUUUGCUCUUACUUAGGAGCCACUCCAUGGAAGCAGGAAUGAAACUGUUGUUCUCAGGCUCUGGUGCAGUGUGAGGGCCUCUUUUAUAGUUAACCGGUUGUACCCCCUUGGUGGUAUACUUCAUUCCUCUCCCCAGAGCUUGCCUUAUGUGUGUCCAAGGGGUGAGAAAGAUAGAAAUGUCAGAAGAAGUUGGGGCUCCCAGGAGCCCCGCCUCAGCAGCUGGAGGUCAUGUCCCCUUUCUGCACGAAGAACUGUGUGACCGUGAUUUUGUACCUGCCAAGUGUAAAUGGCCAGCAGCUCCAUCACCUCCUGUACCAGACAAUCCCCAGCUGCAGUCCAGAGCAUCAUUGGACUCUAUAAUCGGGGAAGGAUGUAGAAUUCAAGUGUCUGUUAUUCUGCCUGUUCACAAUACUGAAUGUUGGUUGGAUGAAUGCUUGAAGUCAGUUGUGGAGCAAGAUUUUGAAGGUACCAUGGAGUUGUCUGUGUUUAAUGAUGCUAGUAAGGACAAUUCAAUUAAUAUAAUUGAAAAAUGGAAGUUCAAGUUAGAAGAUGUGGGUAUUCGGGUUGUCAUUGGUGGUCAUGAUUCACCUCAACCCCAAGGAGUUGGCUUUGCUAAAAACCAAGCAGUAAUACAGAGCUCUGGGACCUACCUCUGCUUUCUGGAUUCUGUAAGUUGA